CCAUUGUUGCCGUUGUUUGGCCCAUGCCAUGGAUUUGUGUUGGAUGUGCGCCGGCGUCGACAGCCAGAGCUGCGCUGUUUGCCAGGGCGCUGGCACACAGGCCCAACAUGCUGGCCAACAUCCUUCACAUCGGCCGCGCGAACCAAAAAAGGCGUUCAGCCAGAUGGUAGCGGAGGUGCCCAAGAAAACAGAAGAUCCCGCUCCGGCUGCAAAGACCUCGGCCAAGAGCGCGAAGACUUCAGAGAAACAGGCGCAAGCGGCCCGGCGCCUCGAUGCGCACAUGGCCGCCUUGGAAAAGAUGAUGGCGGAGCAGAGCGCGGACAAGCCCGAGCUGGGAAAGAGGUGGGAAGCGCCGGGAUACCCCGCGGUGACAGCUCCUUGGGUUCCCCCCGCGCCACCAGCGCCAGCGCCAGUGCCGGCGGCGCAACCGGCGCCGGCGGGCAGCGCCAUGCUGGCGAAUCUGCAUUUCCAUCUGCGGAAGCACGCAGGCCAAGCUGAAGGCAUGGAGAGCAAGGAGACGCGGCACAAGGAGCCCGAGCCGUGCCCGAGCUUGGAAUCUGUGCUGGAUGAAAUCGACGCUGGGGAUGAUUGCACCUUUGAGGAGUUGGGCUUCUUGGCUCCGCUUACCCAAGCACACCAGAAAGCAUUGCUUUUUGGCUUCACCCAGGUCGCACAGCAACCGCACCAGCGCCUGUGAAGCCCUGCGACCAGCUUUCCGCGCUGAUUCAGCAGACGACGUCCCUGGAUGCAGAGAGCUUGAAGCCAAACCACGCGGUGCCGAGCACAAGUUCUCAGUUUGCUUCACGGCCGGCAAAGUGGCGACGGCCGAAGGGCCGGUUUGGGG